AGGGCUGACGCGUGCACAGAAACCACUGGAGCUCAUCGGGAAUCAUUCCCAACGACCUUCGUUGUUUAAAAGAUAAGCGUCUUUGAGACAUGCUACUGGCCUGUACCAGCUAAUACUCCCCAGUGGGCGGGUUGAUCUACCCCCCUAACUACAGAUGAGACUUUCUGCUGAGCAUUAGUUCAAGGAGCUAAGAUAGCAGCAUCUUCAACCACUUUUCCAGCUGUCGUCAUCUGUGCCAGACAUGGUGCGCUAAAUCAAUUUCUGGAGAGCAUGAAUUUGUUUGGAAUUUGAAACCUGAGUGAAAUCUGCAUAUUGGAUGAAGGACUUGGAGAUCUCCAUGAUAUUUUUUUUAACUCCAUUCUAUCAAUGUGGAAGCUGUUUGAAAUGAUGCCAUCACAGAAACAAAGAGGCUGAAGUGGCUCCCAAAUUUCCUAUUUUCCUGCUUUGGCAUUGUUUGAAGACUGCUUUUUCUUUUUCUUUCCCCCCUCAAUUCAGAAAAAAUAAGACAUUUAUUUGAGAUUUCUUGCUCUUGUGUGUUUCCAGUCAUGGCUAUUGCAGUAACGAUGCUUCUAUUAAUACUUUGUAGUAGGACUGGAAGUGAAAGCCAGCCAUGGAGCUACCCAAUAGAAACUGAAACAUUGGAUUUUGGGGCAGUACCUGCUGUGAACUAUGAGGCUAACAUAUAUUAUGAUCCUGGAACUGUAGGAUUGCUAUUUGAACUGGCACGAACAUUUCUACAUGUAGUACAACCGAAUCGUUUUCCUCGUGAGUUGAUCACUGAGAUAAUAAAGCAGAACUAUGGACAAGUACUACACCAAUAUCAAGAGAUAAUAUACUAUGAGAUUGGUUUCAUCAUCUGUGCAACUCUGGGAAUUGUGUUUAUUCUUCUUAUGCCUGUUUUGGGCCUGUGUUUCUGCAUGUGUCGUUGCUGUGACAACUGUGGAGGGGAGCUGCAUCAACGACAGAAGAAAAAUGCAGAUUGUAGAAGAAGCUGCUUUGCAACAACCCUAUUUGUUGUUACCAUAAUUAUAACGGCUGGAACACUAUGUAUGUUUGCUGCUAACCAAAACCUCACCAACCAAAUUAAAGGAGUUAAGAAGCUGGUCAACAACAACUUCCAAGACCUACGUGCUUUGGUCAAUUACACACCAACUCAAUUAAAUUACAUCUCACAGCAAUAUGACAUUGCUCAGAACAAAGCACUCUCUGAUAUUAACAAUAUUGGGAUAAUACUUGGUGGCAGAGUUAAGGCACGCUUUGGAAAGUAUGUAAUCCCAGCACUGGAGGAUUCUUUCAAUAUGGCCAGAGCCAUCAAAGAAACCAAGGAAGUUUUAGAGAAGGUGUCAACCUCACGUCAAACUUUAGACAAAGCAACUAGCGAACUUCAGACAAACUUGACUGAUGUAAGAACAAGUCUCAACAACACAUUAAAUGAUGCAGCUUGCAGAGUGCCUGGUGCUGUUGCAUAUUGUAAUGAUAUAAGGAAUUCACUGGAUUCUCUCAAUAUAAAUGCAAACUUUAGUCAGUUACAAGAUGUUGGUUCUGAACUCGCAAAAGUGAAUGAUGUGCUGAAAACUGACUUUGAAGACUUGAUUCAGAAGGGAUAUUCAGCAUUUAAUAAUACUCCAGAAAUGCUUCAAAAUGAAACCAAAUCGUUUUCAUCAGAUGCAAAGAGUGUGCUCAAUGAAAUUGAAGCGAGACUUUCAAACUUGAGUAAGGAGCAUGCUAUUGAUGAAAUAAUCAAUACUUCUACUGCGUACCUUAAUCAGGGUCAGAGAUACUUCUUUGAGUAUUUUCCAUACGUGGAAAAGUAUGAUUUCUAUAGAUGGCUGGCUGGUAUUGCACUCUGCUGUGCUGUGAUACUUAUCCUUGCUUUCAAUUAUCUUGGUUUGCUUUGUGGAUCAUGUGGCUUUGACGAGCAUGCUUCUCCAACCACUAGAGGCUGCGUAUCAAACACAGGGGGCAACCUUCUUUUAGCUGGUGUUGGGGUCAGCUUCAUCUUCUCCUGGCUUUUGAUGCUGGUAGUUUUGGUAACCUUCAUUGCCGGUGGAAAUGUAGAAAAAAUUGCUUGUCAGUCUUUAAAAGACAACAGUUUAUUUAAGGUUCUGGACACUCCUUAUUUGUUGAACUCACAGUGGAAACAUUUCCUUUCUGGACUUCUGCUUUCUGAACACAACAUAAAUGUCACUUUCCAGAGUGUAUACAGCAAAUGCCGCAAAAAUGAAGGAGUAUAUUCGGCUUUCCAGCUACAACAUUUAUUCAACCUUGAUCAUGUAAACCUCAGUGGACCUGCAACUUUUCUGACUGACAAAUUCAUAAACAUUAAUGUGAAUUUAAGCAAUGUUGUAGUAUUGGAUGAGGAGGCAAAAAAGAGUCUUCAUAAUUUCGCUGCUAUUGGCAUUGACAAAAUUGAUUUUACUGCUUACACCAUUGAGCUCAAGAAAAGUGUGACUAAGGUGGAACUUCACACAUUUGCAAAUGAUCUAGAGGCAAAAGCAAAUGUAUUGCCUGCAGGAGCCUUAGCGAAUGCAUUGAGAGGCCAUGCAAACAAUAUUCGGGCAAUCUACAAGCAGCAAGUUAUGCCACUGGAACAAACUUUGAACAUAUUAAAUGAAAGUAUUGGAAUACUACAGAACUCAGCGGCAAACUUAAAGAUUAAAGUGGGACGUAUAAUUAAUGCUGUUGAAGCUGCUCAAUACCUAAUCAGCAACAAUGGUAGUGAUAUUGUAAAGCAGGAAAUGCAAAAUUACUGCAAGACUCUAACAGGCUACAUCACUGAAUAUUUAGAGUGGAGCAAAGACGCUAUGAGCAAUGAGGUUGCCAUCUGUAAGCCGAUUGCUAAUGCUGUGGAUGCAGCUGAUAUGAUACUGUGCGGUUUUAUAAUGGAUUCCCUGAAUGGUUUUUGGUUUGGCCUUGGAUGCUGUACAAUAUUUUUAAUACCAAGUAUUAUAAUUGCUGUGAAAUUAGCCAAAUUCUAUCGGCGGAUGGAUACAGAGGAUGUAUAUGAUGAGUGA